UUUCUUGCUCCGAGUUCCCUCCACUUUGUGCUGCACUCCUUGUGUUGUCACCGUACCCGGGAAGUGUCUUUGCCUCAGGGCCAAAGUAGUUCUACUAUCAUCUAAAAUGGCACCCAAGAAGGACCCUAAGGCGCCCGCCAAGAAGGCCGAACCCGCACCGGCUCCCGCAGCGGCACCCGAACCUGCCCCCGCUCCAGCAGCGGCUCCUGCUAUCGACCUGUCCGCCGUCAAGGUGGAAUUCAGUGCAGACCAGAUUGAAGACUACAGGGAGGCCUUCGGCCUGUUCGACAGGGUGGGUGACAACAAGGUGGCUUACAACCAGAUCGCUGACAUUAUGCGCGCUCUGGGACAGAACCCCACCAACAAGGAGGUAACCAAAAUCCUGGGAAACCCCACCGCUGACGACAUGGCCAACAAGAGAGUAGAGUUUGAGGGAUUCCUGCCCAUGCUCCAGACCAUCAUCAACAGCCCAAACAAGGCCGGCUACGAGGACUAUGUUGAGGGUCUGCGCGUCUUCGACAAGGAGGGCAACGGCACAGUGAUGGGCGCUGAGCUGCGCAUCGUUCUGUCAACACUGGGAGAGAAGAUGACCGAGGCUGAGAUCGAUUGCCUCAUGGCCGGACAGGAGGACGAGAACGGCUGCAUCAACUAUGAAGCCUUUGUCAAGCACAUCAUGUCUGUGUAAGGACCCUGCCACAGCGGUGGUGAGCAUCGGAUAUGUGCAGACCCCAUGGCGUCACGACAUCCACUCGCUGCUUCUCGUACCACUUGGAAGCAGGAGGAACAAAGGACUAUGAGAUGUCAUUUCCUGAGACCUUUGUUAGUUUUUUGAUUUUUUUCUCUUAUGUCCAACUGGUGCUUCCCUCCUCUCCUCCUCCCGCUCGCUCCUCAGGACGCCCAUCCAGAUUCCCCACAAGAGUCUUCCUUUCUCAUCUAUUCCCAUGUCCCCUUGUCUCAGUGGGGUUUUUUUUGGUUUUCCCCAGUGGAACAGUGAUGGAGGGGAAGGUAGGAUAAUAAGGACCAUCCCCUCCUCUCACUUUACUGCCUGACUGGCUGUCUAGUUCCUGCCAGUAAAGUGACUGGUUUGGCCCCGGACCGGCCAUCAUUAAAAGAAUCCACUCUUCUCCCAACCCAUCCCCAAGUCUUAACUUAUUGUAUCCUCUGCCAUUUCACAAUAAACUUUUCACAAACUCCCA